AUGACAGCUAAAGAUAAUUUUAUUCAAUCACCUUUACUUGAUGGUAAUAAUGGUCAACAGUCAACAGAACCGUCUGAUACAAACGAAUUACAACAACAACAAUUACCACCUGAUUAUAUUAGUUCAACAAUACAGGAGAAUGAACCAUCUGAUGAGGUUGAUGAUGAACAAUCAUCAAUACAAAUAGAUGAUAAUAGUAUAUAUGAUGAAAAUGGUCAAAUUAAAUUUCCAUUAAAUGAUUUAAUUAAACUUGAAGAACAAUUAAAUCAAACAAGAUGGGUUGUACCUGUUUUACCUGAUGGUGAAUUAAUUAAAUGUUUACGAGCUGUUGUUCGUCUUGCUGCACAUAAAAUAGAUACAAAGAGUGAUUCAUGUCAACGAUUUAUUCGAGAUAGUCUUGUAAAUUCUUUUACUAAAAUUCUUUGUGAUGAAGCUGUACAAACAUGGAAACAUGAAAUAUUUAAAUAUAUUUAUCAAAAUUGUAUGAUUUUUAUUGAAUUAUGUGUACUUAAAAUAGAAGAUGAUUGUUUACCAUUACUUGAAAUUCUUGGUUUAUUGAUGAAUCCUUCUUGCAGAUACCAUCAAUCAAAUCAUAGUCGUUUAAGUGAUUUACAAUUAGCAGUUGAUAAGGAAAUAUUUGCUUCAUCAAAUGAAUUUCGUUUACCACAACGAGGUUGGUUAAUUGAUUUUAUAAAUCGAUUUGGAGAUUUAGGUGGAUUUGAUAAAAUUUUAACUCGAUUUUUAUCAUCGGAAACAAAAUUAACAAUAUCUGUCGUUGUUGCUUUACUUAAACCUUGGGGUCUUUGCUAUGAAUAUUUAACACAAGCAACUGUUAAAAAAUAUUUUGCACCCAUUAUUGAAUUUGUUCCACAAUUUCUUGAUAAAUUAACAGAAAAUGAUCUGAAAGUUGAAACUAAAACUGAACCAAAAAGUGAUACAUUAUCAACGGUUAUUAGAUGGUUACGUUAUUUGGCUUCACGUAUACCAGAUAAUGAAAAAGAAUGUCGAAAUUUAGAUGCACUUAGACUUAAAAUGAUUCUAAGAAUUCUCCAAACCAAUUCUUUCAGUGGUAAAAUGAAUGCUCUCAAUGAGGUAAACAAAUUAAUCAUGAGUCUUAAUACAAUCCAACGUUCACCAUUAAAUCGAUCAGAAGAACCCGAAAGUUUAACAGCUGAAAAAUUAAUCCAAUGGAUACAAGAAAAUCAAGUACUUGAUAUUGUUUUACGUGAUUGUUUACAUCAACCACAAUAUGUUGAAAAAUUAGAAAAAAUUCUUCGUUUUAUUAUAAAAGAACAAGCAUUAACUCGAAUAGAUUUAGAUAAAAUAUGGAAUUCAUCAUAUGGAAAACAUGAGGCUAUUGAAAAAAAUGUUCAUGAUUUACUUGCAAAAUUAGCAUGGGAUUUUUCACCUGAACAACUUGAACAUUUAUUUGAUUGUUUUCGAGAAAGUUGGACUAAAGCAAGUAAAAAACAACAAGAAAAAUUACUUGAAUUAAUUCGUCGAUUAGCUGAAGAUGAUAAAGAAGGUUUAAUGGCAAAUAAAGUUCUUGAAUUAUUAUGGAAUAUAGCACAUGAUAAACAUUUACCUAAUGAAAUUAUUGAUCAAGCAUUAACAGCACAUUUAAAAAUACUUGAUUAUAGUUGUUUACAAGAAAAAGAAAAAACAAAAUUAUUAUGGCUUGAUAAAUUUAUGGAUGAAGUUAAACAUGAUCGUGGUCAUGUUAUUAUUUCAUUAAAACAAUUAAAAGAAAUAUGUAUGCAAUUCCAUGAGGGUGUUUUUGCACAAAACAUUCCACGUAUGCCCGGUCCACAGAAUCGUACUGGUGUUAUUGAUAUAUUAGAAAAAAAAUAUGAAUUAACUCGUAUUGUUACAGAAAAUCUUUGUCAAUAUAUGGAUAAUACGAGAAAAUAUAAAGAAGAAGCUAAAUCAAUUAUAUUACCAGAAGAAUAUUAUCCAGAUGGUCGAUUUAAUCACAAUCAACAAAUUCAUGAACGAUUAAAUUUUCUUAAAUUUACAUUAAAAGAAGGACGAAUGUAUUUAUCUGCUGAACAUUCAAAAAUAAUAUGGAUAUGUUUAGCUGAAGAAGCUGUUUUUCCAAAUGAUCGUGAACAAUGUUUUCGUUGGUUUGCUGAAAUUAUUGACGAAGAUGAUUUUGAACCUAAAGCAGCAAAAGAGUUUUUUCAAAAUCAUUUAAUGAAACUUGAACCUCAUCUUUUAACAGAUCUUGGCAUGAAUUGUUUCGAUCGUUUUUUUAAAUCAGUCAAUGCUCAAUUAAAUAAAUUACAACAAAAACGUCGUUCAAUACGUUUAAUGAAUGAUGAAGAUCUUGUUGGUAUUGAAUAUCUAUGGAAAUUAAUUUUAAAUGCUUCAGAUGAAGUUGCUGAUCGUGGUAUACAAUUAAUGAGAGAAAUAUAUACAAAUAUAAGUCCACAAUUAAAAACGGAUGUUAAACGUAUACAUGAAUCAUUUAUAAGUGAUUGUUUUGAACGUUUACGUCCAGUAUAUGAUAGUGUUAAAUUAAUGUAUUCACAUCAAGAUUCUAAACAAGCCUAUCAACAUAAACUUAAUUCAUUAAUACGAAUAUUAAUUGUAGUUCGAGAAUAUUUAGCUGAAUGUGAUAAUUCAUAUCAUAAAGAACGGUCUUUUUUACCAAUGUCAAGAGCAUUUCGAGGUCGAUCAAUGAUAUUAAUUAUUCGUGUAAAUACAGGUCAAAAUCGAACAGAUGAUUUUGAACAUGGAUUUCAUUCAAAUGAUACAUGGGGACAUAUUCGAAGAUUUAUUCAUAAUCGAUAUAAAUCUUCUUAUGGUAUUAUUGAAUUAUAUCGUAAUAAUGAAAUUAUUUAUUCAACUGAUGAUAAUAAAACAUUAGGGCAAACUGAUGAUCGAGAUAGAAUUUCGGUUACAGCACGAUGGGUUCAACAUCAAAAUCAUGGUGGUUCAAGUGGUGAAAGUAGUUCAUCUGAAUCCGAAAUGAAUAAUAAUAAUAAUAAUUCUUUAACAUCAUCUCAUCAUAAUCGAAGUCUAGAUUAUAUCGAUAUGAAUGCAGAAACUUCUUUGCCAUCUGUGAUAUUAUCUCAAAACCAUGAAUAUUAUCAAUUUCUUAUUGAUAUUGCUGAUUUGGCUUGUAAGGAAGGUAAUACUCGUCUUCGCGAUACAGCUCGUCAAAUUCUUGAUUUAAUUCCACUUGAUUUAUAUUCAACAAAAACACUUAAUAGUUGUUUUACAUUAUUAACAACAAAUAAUGAACAGCCAAGUGCUGAAGAAUGUUUAAAUCGUUUAAAUAAUUUUUAUUUUAAUGUUUCACCAUCACAAAUGCUUUAUAAUCUUAAAGCAACAUUAAUUAAUUUUUUACCAGCACAUAUACAUCAAAUAUGUUUACAAAAUAAUAAUAAUGUUGAAGGUUUACAUGUACGAUUUUUAAAUGCUGGUGGUUUAUCAUGUUUAUUAAAUAUUUUAAGUGAAAAACAUUAUACUGAUCAAUGUGAUAUAUCAACAAGAAAAUCAAUUUAUUUUAUUGUACUUUAUCUUCUUAAACGUCUUUUAAUCAUAAUUGCUAUAUAUCAAUUACGUUUAACGAAUUCAAAUAAUCCAUCACCAUUUAAUGAAUCAUUAGAACAAAUAUUAAAUAUAACACCAACAAUACCAUUACCAAUAAUGAAUGUUGUUGGUGAACAACAACAUGUAUCUAUGUCAGUUGAACAAAAAAUAGCAGCAACAUUAAUAGCUCAUCGAGCAGAUUAUCCUAUAUUAAAAAAUUCUUUAUUACAAUAUAAUCAUAUUAGAGAAUUAAUACGUCUUAUUUGGUGUUUAGCAUCAGAUCCAAAACAAAAUUCAUUUGAAAUAAAUUUAAAAAAUGAUUUUAUUGUUAUACAUCAGUCAUUUAAACAAGACAAUUUCAAUUCAAAUGAUACCUUUAUUAUAAAUGAUGAUAAUGAAGAAGAUGAUGAAAGUCAAUUAGCAUGUCGUGAAGGAUUAGAAUUAUUAUCUAUAUCUUUAGCUCUUGUACCAUCAAGUGUUGAAAAUUUAUUAAAAGAAAAUUUUUUCGAAUAUUUUUUUAUUGAUUUAAUACUUUAUUGUCCAUAUCAAAUAAUUCGUCAUACAUCAUCGGAACAAAUUUUUUUAUUAACAUCACGUUGUUCUCAAGGACAAUGUGAAAAUUUAAUACAAUUUUUUCUUCAAAAACAAUUUCAAUUAUUAAAUAAAUCUUCAGAUAAUUUUAAAAAUUAUUCAUUACAAUCAUCAGACUUUUUUCUUUUAUUAUGUCGUUUAUUAUCAUAUGCUUAUUCACGUAGUAUAUCACCACCGAAUAUAUAUCAACAAUUAAAUGAUGAAAUUUCAUAUUUAAAACAAAUAACAUUACCUGUUGAUGAUCAUUUACUUCGUGGACAUAUAAAUAUUGCUAAAGAAUUAUUACAAUUUAAAACAAGUGAACGCAAACGUUAUUAUGGUAUUGAUCAAUUACUUAUACAACAAAUUAUUGAACAAUAUCUUUUUCCAGCAUCAACAUUACUUUAUAAUUUUCGUUUAUUAAGACGAAAACGUCUUUCAAAACAAUCAAUUAAUAAUAAUGAUAAUUCAAUUAAUAAUAAUGAUGAUGAAGAUAAUGAACUUGAUUUACUUAAAGAACCACCUGUUGCUAUUUGUCAAACACCUAUGUCAACAUUAGCUGCAUUUGAUUUAUUAGUUGUAUUAGGUACAAAUUGUAUUGAAAAUUUAAAAUUAAUUGAUAAAUAUAUUACUGAUUUAUUUUAUACAGUACCUGACUCUAGUCUGAAUGAAUGGGAUUUUGCUCCACUUGUUGGUCCACGUCCAAAUCGAGGUUUUGUUGGUUUAAAAAAUGGUGGAGCAACAUGUUAUAUGAAUUCUGUUCUUCAACAAUUGUUUAUGAUUCGAUCAUUACGUACGGCAUUAUUAUCAGUUAAAAUUCCACCAGGAUAUGGUGAUGAUGAAACUGAUGAUGAUGAUCAACGUCGAGAUACUUUUGAUUCAUUUUCGGAAGGAAAACUAUUUCAUAAAGAUAAUUAUGCAAUAACAUCACCAAAUAAACAACAAGAACAAAAUAGUAAUAUGGAUAUAUCACCAAAAGAUUCAACAAAUGAACGAAAUGAAUAUAAUAUACAAAUGUUUCGUCAUAUACAAUGGAUAUUUGGACAUUUACUUGAAUCAAAAUUACAAUAUUAUGUUCCAAGAGGUUUUUGGAAAAUAUUUAAAUUUUCAGGUGAACCGGUGAAUUUACGUGAUCAACAUGAUGCCGUCGAAUUUUUAAAUACAGUUGUUGAUAGUGUUGAUGAAGCAUUAAAAACAUUAAAUCUACCACAAAUAUGUUCGAAAGUAUUAGGUGGAACAUUUGCUGAUCAAAAAAUUUGUAAAGAUUGUCCACAUAGAUAUUCACGUGAAGAAGAUUUUACAUUAUUAAGUGUUGAUAUUCGUCAUAGUCAAAAUUUAAAAGAAUCUCUUGAACAGUAUGUUAUAGGUGAAUUACUCGAUGGACCUAAUGCGUAUUUUUGUGAAAAAUGCAAUAAAAAAGUUGAUACAAUAAAACGAACUUGUUUUAAAAAAUUACCACCUAUUCUAGCUAUUCAACUUAAACGAUUUGAUUAUGAUUGGGAACGUGAAACACCGAUUAAAUUUAAUGAUUACUUUGAAUUUCCAAGAGAAUUGGAUAUGGAACCAUAUACAGUUCAAGGUCUUGCAAAAGCAGAAGGUAAAUUAAGAUCUUAA